UGUGAUUGUAAUAAUUAUAAAAUGUUAGUGCUGAUUUUAUUAAUACUACCAAUAAUUGUAGACGGACGAAUAGAAGUUGAUAUAACAGUGAAAUCAAAUGAUACAGACGUUACAGUAAAUGCAAGUUAUACUGGCAGUGAUCACAAACUAGUUACUGAUGACGAUUUAAAACUGUUCAAUGUCACCAUGGCGAAACUUAACAGAGGAAUGCGAGUAGAACUGGGUAAAGUACCAGACAACAUAUUCAUAAGAAAUCCAACACCCUACGGAGAUUUAUUUACAAAAUUCAAAUGGGAACAAAUGAAACGAAAAUUAACUAUUGUUAGGACUAAGAUCAUAGAUAUUAUCAACCAAGAUAUAGUGCUAGAUACACAUGAACAUAUUAAUAACACAACAAAUAUAGUAACAGCUAAAAGAAGUAUGUAUAAAGUUAUGGAUAACAGUAUAAGUUCUACGUGGUCAAAGACAGGACUACCGGGAGAUAAUGCUCAUACAACUUUCAUCCUUAAUUUUGAAGAUGGAAAGGCUGAAGUCGUGAAUCAGUGGAGGAAUGAAAGCACGAAGAAUUUUAAAGUGUCUUUGGAGAUCAGUUGUUAUUAG